AUGGGACCAUCUAGACCGAAAUUCCAGAAGGAUCGCUUGUUAGUGGAUGGUGGAGCAAGCCAUGAGGGUAAUGGAAGAGUUCUCGUUGCCAUCGAUGCCACCGGCGCCGGAGCAUCUUCACUUUCUAUUCGAAAAUUCACCGAAGCCUCAAUUGCAGACUUGGCUUAUAUAUCGAUUCUGUGCAUGCUUGAUGAUCUCCCACAAGCUGGAGAAUCCCGAAUUGGUUUAGCGGUGCCUGAGGCGAAGAUGACGGUGGCUGGUCGGUGGACGGGCUUGCUAGGCCCUCUGGCCGCCACGGUGCUGCUGCUGUUGGGCGGGGCGCGGGCCAUCUCGAAGAAUUUCGUGAACAGCUCGAUGCCAGAAAUGCGGCCUACUUUCGUCGUUAACUUCGACAUGGCCACAGUCAUUUGCCAGCACAGUGAAAACCCUGCGGAUUUGCACUUACAUGAGAUUAGCGUGCUGUGUGAUGGCAAGGACGACUGUUACAAGAAUCCCGCGAUGCAUGACGAAAGUUUUCCGUAUUGUGAGCAGAAGUGCAAUUCGACAUGCAAUUACCGUGGCGCGUGCCUAUAUGAUGGCCAGAAAGCGCAGUGUUACUGUAAUUCUGGAUUUUCGGGACCUACAUGUGAAAUUGUCGACAAGAACGAAUGUCUGCAUAAGCCUUGUCACUGGUUGGCGCACUGUCAAAAUACCCUCGGCUCUUACGAAUGCGCUUGUUUUCCCGGAUUUCACGGCGAUGGUUAUCAGUGUGCAGAUGUCGACGAGUGCUCGAUGGGCCUCUACAACUGUCCGGAAAAUUCGGAAUGUGUCAACUUGCCUGGCACUUACUUUUGCAACUGUACUGAAGGAUUCGCGCCGAAGGGUCUUCCACUGGAAAAAUGCGCCGAUAUAAACGAAUGCGAAUUAAACCUGCAUAACUGUGAAAAGCAUCAAAUGUGCCAAAAUAAGGUCGGCGGCUUCACGUGUGUCCACCGCUGCUCGGUUGGCUACCAGUUUGUGGAUGGCAAGUGCGUCGACAUCGACGAGUGUCGUCUGGAGGACUCCUGCGAUAGGAGGGCCGAAUGUACCAACAUUCCCGGAGGCUACCAGUGCAAGUGCGACGAGGGACUCACCGGGGACGGCAAACACUGUUCGCCGAUUACGGAUUGCAGCCAAAACGAGGAGAUCUGCGACCGACACGCCUUCUGCAUCAAAUCAUUGAAACUGUGUCUCUGUCAGACCGGCUACGUUGGCGACGGAAUCACUUGCAACGAUGUCAACGAAUGCUUAUCGAUGGAGAAUGCUUGCAAGGACCAGAAGGGCGACCGUUGCGUUAAUAUCAAAGGCGGCUACGUCUGCUGUGAAGAGAACGUCGACGACAACCAGUGCAUUCAAGGCAGGUACUUCCGAUGUCGCAGUGGUGUGCUGAGUGACUCAAGGCAAAGCUUUCCAGACCAUGGAGCAUUCUGUGCUGGUGGAUGCGGUUUGCAUGCGAUCUGCUUCAACCAGACUUGCCAGUGCAUGGAGGGUUUUGUUGGUGAUCCACACACAAGAUGUAUCGACGUCAACGAAUGUGAAAUGAACGAGAUGUGCGCCGGAGUGGGACAGUGGUGUGUGAACACAAUCGGUGGGCACAUCUGUUGCUCGCCCGAAAGCAAGGAACUCGAAUGCCAAGGCGUGCAUGUGUUCAAAACACAUGACGGGGAAAUUAUGCUGCAGUACAACAACUCUAUCGGCGACGUAAUAAUUCAACAAGCCGGCUUUUCUUCACGAAACGACUCCGGUGGCGCCAUCAUCACUCGACGCGGAUUCCUGAAAUUCGGUCCAGUUUCACCGAGUUUGAAUGUGAACCGGAGAAACGAACUACUGUGCACGUCGUACUGUCCUGCACACUCGGAAUGUGUCGAUGGAGUUUGCCGCUGUAUGAAAGGAUUCGGUGGUAAUCCGUUAUUUGGGUGUGAAGAAAAUGGGAAAUUGUAA